GAUGCCAAAAGGGUAUUUUUUGGCGGUCUUCGCGGCCAUCCUUCUACAGACGACGCAGAGCUCAACGCCCGGAGGAUUGUUUACGUGCCCGAACGGAUGGGAACUCAAAGGAUUGCACUGCUACAAGUUCUUCAGUAUAAAGCACUCCUGGGAAAGCGCAGCUCAGCUUUGCAAUAGGUAUGGCAGCGACCUCGUGCUUGUCGAAUCGUACGGCGAAAAUAAUUUUACGGCCAAUUUGGCGAUGAAGAACGUCGGCCCGGGGGAUCACAGAACCCAGCAUUACUGGCUCGGAUUGGCGUCCCUCGACGACCUCCGUACGAAUACGCUGGAGUCGGCCGCUGGAGUCCUUGUUUCGCAAUACGCCGGAUUCUGGUCCAUCGACCAGCCGGAUUCCGUCAGGGGUGAAUGCGUCGACGUCUCUUUAACGGACGAACACCAAUCCUGGGAGCUGGAAACGUGCGAGUCGCUCCUUCCGUUCCUUUGCCGUGCCAACGCUUGUCCGUCGGGUUCGUUCCAUUGCUCCAACGGCAAAUGCAUCAACGCCGCGUUCAAAUGCGACAAACAGAAUGACUGCGACGACUGGUCCGACGAAAUCGACUGCCCCAGCAACUGCAACUUCUACAUGGCCAGUUCCGGAGACGUCGUCGAGAGUCCCAACUACCCCCAAAAGUACGAAUCUUUAUCCAACUGCAAAUGGACGCUCGAAGGGCCACACGGACACAACAUCCUCCUUCAGUUUCAAGAAUUCGAUACGGAAAAAUCUUUCGACACGGUACAGAUUUUGGUAGGAGGAAGGACCGAAGAGAAAUCCGUCAAUCUGGCUACUUUGUCCGGAAGGCCUGAAAUCGGAAAUAUGUCUUUCGUGUCCGCUUCGAACUUCAUGAUUAUCAAAUUUAGUACAGACGCUUCAGUGGAAAAGAAAGGAUUCAGGGCAUCUUGGAAAACAGAACCGCAGCUUUGUGGUGGUAAUCUGAGAGCUACUACAUCCCCUCAGCCGAUUACGUCUCCUUCCUAUCCAAGAAAAUACCCAGGCGGUUUGGAAUGCCUUUACAUCAUUACAGCACAACCAGGAAGAAUUAUCACUUUAGAGAUUGAUGAUAUCGACUUGGAGACUGGGAGGGAUUACAUUCUAGUCAGAGAUGGUGAUUCUCCUAAGAGCAGGCCCGUAGCAAGACUGACAGGCAAAAUGGAUACGAACCCAAAACUUCUCAUGUCCACCGGAAAUCAACUUUACCUUUAUUUCAAAACUAGCUUAGGCGAUUCUCGGCGAGGAUUCAAAAUUCGUUAUUCUCAAGGUUGCAGGGCGACGAUUGUAGCUCACAAUGGAACAUUAGCAUCUCCGGCUUUCGGCCUUUCCAACUACCCGAGCAAUCAAGAUUGCCUUUUGAGGAUCCGCAGCCCUAACAAAGCUCCGAUCUCGCUCAGGUUCGACUCGAUGACAGUCCAUACAUCUGAUACCGUACAGGUUUACGACGGCGUGAGCACGAGCGGCCUCCGACUCCAUCCUGGCAAUGGAUUCACUGGAAAUCAGAUUCCAAAAAUCACACUGACUGCAUCCAGCGGUGACAUGCUCGUCAGAUUUACGACGGAUGCUUUGCAUAACGCGAAAGGAUGGCAUGCGACCUUUUCCGCCGACUGCCCGACUCUGCGGCCCGGCGAAGGUGCUCUGGCUUCAAGCAGAGAAACAGCCUUCGGCACAUCCGUCGUUUUCACAUGUCCCAUCGGCCAGGAGUUCGCCACAGGAAAGAACAGGAUUAACACCGACUGCAUGCCUGGUGGCAACUGGUCAACCUCUUAUAUACCAAAAUGCCAAGAGGUAUAUUGCGGACCAGUUCCACAAAUUGACAAUGGUUUCUCAAUUGGAUCCACAAAUGUAACAUACAGAGGUGAAGCCAUGUACCAAUGUUAUGCCGGUUUUGCUUUCCCAUCUGGUCUACCAGUUGAAAGGGUGUCCUGUUUGUCCGAUGGAAGGUGGGAAAGACUGCCAACAUGUUUAGCAUCCCAGUGUGCACCACUCCCAGAAGUUCCUCACGGGAUAGCGACGGUGUUGAACGGAGGAGGACGGAGCUACGGAACCAUCAUCAGAUUUGAAUGUGAGCCCGGAUACACUAGAUCUGGACAGCCUGUCAUUCUCUGCAUGAGCAACGGCACUUGGUCUAGCGAUGUUCCGACUUGCUCGAGAUCGCUCUGUCCUACGUUGCCAGAAAUCUCAAAUGGGUUCAUUCUUGACCCAACUAGGAAAUAUUUCUAUGGAGAUGAAGGAAAAAUCCAAUGCCACAAAGGUUUCAAAUUAUUAGGAUCGAGUGUAAUUAAAUGUGGGCCAGAACAAGAAUUCCUUAAUUUACCAAGAUGUGAAGAUGUCAAUGAGUGUGCAACUAGUCAAUGCGACCAAGCAUCAACGGAAUGUGUGAAUACUGCUGGUAGCUUCCAUUGUAAGUGCAGAUCAGGAUUUGUGGGAAGUAUGGAAUGCAGGCCUGUAGGUGACCUGGGACUUACAACUGGAGGAAUCCCUGAUGAAUCAAUAACUGUCUCUGGUGUCGAAUCUGGCUAUUCCAAAGAUAUGAUCAGACUCAACAGCAGACAAGGAUGGUGUGGAAAUAGCAUUGAGCCUGGUGCUAAUUGGGUUACCAUCGAUCUUAAAGCUCCAACAGUUAUCCGUGGAUUUAGAACUCAGAGUACACCUAGGCCUGAUGGCACUGUUGCUUUUACUUCAGCUAUAAGAAUACAGUACACUAAUAACUUAACUGAUGUCAUGAGAGAUUACACAAAUCCAGAUGGUACUCCUGUUGAAUUCAGAAUUCUGAGCCCAAGCCUCUCUGUCCUUAAUCUCCCAGUGCCAAUAGAAGCGCAAUUCAUUAAAUUCAAGGUUCAAGAUUACGCCAUUGCACCUUGUCUUCGUUUGGAGGUCAUGGGAUGCACUAGACUCGAAUGUGUCGAUGUCAAUGAAUGCAAUGCCAACAAUGGCGGCUGUGACCAAAAAUGCAUCAACAGUCCUGGCACAUUUUCAUGUGUUUGCAAUGUCGGAUAUGAGCUCUAUAUGCAAAAUGGAACUGCUGGGUUUACUAUUGACAAUUCCGAAACUGGAGAAAGGGAUGGUGAUAUAUUCCAGAGGAACAAGACAUGCGUACCCGUCAUGUGCCCACCACUUGAAAAACCUGACAAUGGCCUUUUGCUCUCGUCUAAAGAACAGUACCACUUUGGUGACCUCGCAAACUUCCAGUGUAACUUUGGCUAUGUCAUGGUCGGCUCUGCAUCACUCCUCUGUACUUCAGGAGGCGCAUGGAAUGGAACUGUUCCAAUUUGUCAAUAUGCUCAAUGUGUAUCACUUGGGGACAACAAAAAUGAGGGAUUGUCAAUAGUUCGUUUAAAUAAAGAAUCUAAACUCAUCCCUUUCAAAGAAAAUGUAACAGUUCAGUGCAACAAUCAAGGAAGGCAUUUGAGAAGAACUGCAUCUUCAGGAUUCCGUCAGUGUGUCUACGAUCCAAAACCUGGUUUCCCAGAUUAUUGGCUGUCAGGUGCUUCACCGGGAUGUCCGAGGGUUGACUGUGGUAUUCCAGGCCCAACACCCGGUGCUGAAUACGGUUUAUACAAGGACACAAGGUACCAGUCUUCGUUUUUCUUCGGCUGCCAGGACACUUUCAAACUUGCCGGACAGACUGACAAACAUGACAAUGUCGUACGUUGCCAAGCUAAUGGAGUCUGGGACUUUGGCGAUUUAAGAUGCGAGGGGCCUGUCUGUCAAGAUCCUGGUCGACCAAUUGAUGGAUAUCAAGUAGCAAGCAGUUACGAACAAGGCUCAGAAGUUCAGUUUGGAUGUAACAAGCCUGGAUAUAUCUUGAUCAACCCGAGACCCAUUUCUUGUGUCCGUGAGCCAGAAUGUGCAGUCGUUAAACCCCUGGGUCUUGCAUCAGGGCGAAUCCCAGAUUCUGCUAUUAAUUCAACAUCUGAAAGGCCUAAUUAUGAAGCGAGGAACAUCCGUCUAAAUUCAGUCACAGGAUGGUGCGGAAAGCAAGAAACCUUCACCUAUGUCAGCGUUGAUCUUGGACAAGUUUUCAGAGUUAAAGCUAUCUUAGUUAAAGGUGUCGUGACAAACGAUAUAGUUGGACGGCCUACUGAAAUAAGAUUCUUUUAUAAACAAGCUGAAAAUGAUAAUUAUGUCGUUUACUUCCCUAACUUCAAUUUGACAAUGAGAGAGCCUGGCAAUUAUGGAGAACUUGCUAUGAUCACCCUACCAAAAUACGUCUCAGCCCGAUUUGUCAUUCUGGGGAUAGUAAGCUACAUGGACAAUGCUUGUUUGAAAUUUGAACUCAUGGGUUGUGAAGAACCAAAGACAGAACCAUUAUUGGGUUUUGACUAUGGUUAUUCACCUUGUGUUGAUAAUGAACCACCAGUUUUCCAAAACUGUCCAUCUCACCCAAUAAUUGUUAAACGAGGACCCAAUGGUAUCGAACCCGUGAAUCUGACUGAACCUGUGGCUCUUGACAACAGCGGAUCCAUUGCAAGACUUGAAAUCAAACCACCUGGUUUCAAAACUCCAUUGACUACAUUUAAAGACAUGGCUGUUAAAUAUGUAGCAUACGAUUUUGACGGCAAUGUGGCCAUUUGUGAAAUCAACAUCACUGUAACUGAUGACACUCCACCACUUCUUAGCUGCCCUCAGAGCUAUGUAAUCGAGCUUGUUGACAGGCAGGACAGCUAUGUAGUCAACUUCAACGAAACAAGAAGGCGAGUGAAUGUGUCUGAUGCAUCAGGAGAUGUCACCGUUACAUUUGUACCUGACAAAGCUACAAUCCUUAUCGGAUCUUUUGAAAACGUCACUGUCAUUGCUACCGACAAAUAUAACAAUAAAGCCACUUGUCAUUUCCAGGUUGCUGUACAAGCGACGUCCUGUGUUGAUUGGGAACUGAAACCGCCAGCAAAUGGAGCUCUCAACUGCCUUCCUGGUGAAAAAGGACUUCAGUGCAUUGCUACUUGCAACCGAGGAUUUAGGUUUACAGAUGGAGAACCAAUUAAAACAUACAGCUGUCAGAGCAAGAGUCCCUGGACACCUUCCUCUGUCGUUCCUGACUGUGUCUCUGAAGAUACACAGCAAGCUGAUUAUAAUGUGAUUGCAACAAUGACCUACAGAGCGAAUGGAGCAGUCGCACAAAACUGUUUGAACCAGUACACAGAAUUGAUGUCACAAUAUUACGGACAAAUCAAUACUAUUCUCAGUCAGAGAUGUUCUGCUGUUAAUGUCAACAUGAAUGUCUCAUUCAUAACUGCUUCUCCGACACUCCUAGAAGACAAUGUUGUCAAAGUUGAUUUUACUCUUGUCAUCAUUCCUGCCGUGAAACAGCCACAACUGUAUGACCUUUGUGGAUCGACUCUUAACCUCAUCUUUGAUCUCUCAGUGCCUUAUGCAAGCGCAGUGAUCGAUCCUCUUCUCAACGUCUCUUCAAUCGGAAACCAAUGUCCACCACUUAAAGCUUUACAGAGCACUAUAAGCCGUGGGUUUACAUGUAAUAUUGGUGAAGUCUUAAACAUGGAUCCUAACCAAGUCCCUCGAUGCUUGCAUUGCCCUGCGGGAACAUUUGCUGCGGUUAAACAGAAAACAUGUACACCAUGUCCAAAAGGAAUGUACCAGGAUAGAGACAGACAAGGAUCUUGCCUAAGAUGCCCUCUAGGAACAUACACCAAAGAAGAAGGCUCAAAGAGUGUAAAUGAUUGUGUUCCUGUUUGUGGUUAUGGGACUUACUCACCAACUGGCUUAGUACCUUGUUUGGAGUGCCCAAGAAACAGCUACACUUCAGAACCACCAACUGGAGGAUACAAAGAUUGUCAGGCUUGCCCAGCGAAUACUUACACUUAUCAGCCUGCAGCACCUGGAAAAGAUUACUGCAGAGCUAAGUGUCCUCCUGGCCAAUAUUCUGACACUGGACUUUCACCAUGUGCUCUUUGUCCUAUGAACUUUUAUCAGCCAAGAAGUGGAAUGACUUCAUGCACAGAAUGUGCUACUAAUUUGAUCACGAAAGGACCUGGAGCUUCAGCAAGGGAAGAAUGCCACCCGAUCCAGUGCUCUGAAAACUCCUGUCUCCAUGGUGGACUUUGUGUCCCAAUGGGUCACAGUGUUCAGUGCUUCUGCCCAGCUGGCUUUUCAGGAAGACGAUGUGAAAAUGAUAUCGAUGAAUGUGCUUCCUCGCCCUGUUUCAAUGGUGGAGUAUGCAAAGAUCUGCCACAGGGAUACAGGUGCCAGUGUAAACCAGGCUAUACAGGAAUCAAUUGUCAGGAAGAAAGAUCAGACUGUAGGAACAACACGUGUCCAGAAAGGGCGAUGUGUAAGGAUGAGCCUGGACUCAGCAAUUACACCUGCUUGUGCAGAUCUGGUUACACAGGGCCAAAUUGUGAUGUGACUAUAAAUCCUUGCACUGCAAAUGGAAACCCAUGCAAGAAUGAUGCCUCUUGUACCGCAUUACUUCAAGGACGGUAUAAAUGUGAAUGUCUUCCAGGUUGGGAAGGCCAACAUUGUGAAAUUAAUAUAAAUGAUUGUGCGGAAAAACCCUGCUUGCUUGGAGCCAAUUGCACCGACCUUAUAGAUGAUUUCAAAUGUGAAUGUCCACCUGGUUUUACUGGAAAGAGGUGUCAAGAAAAAGUAGAUCUUUGUGCAGCUUCACCCUGUCAAAACGGUAUCUGCGUAGACAAACUAUUCAAACACCAAUGUGUAUGCUUCCCAGGAUGGACAGGCGAAUCAUGCGAGAUUAACAUCAAUGACUGUGCAAACAAUCCUUGUGAAAAUGGAGGCAUGUGUACAGAUCUUGUGAAUGGCUUCUCUUGCAGCUGCGAGCCUGGCUAUACAGGAAAGAAAUGCCAGCAUCUGGUCGAUGAUUGUUCCACCAAUCCAUGCCAAAAUGGCGGAACUUGCAUGGACAUGCUCGACGGCUUCAUCUGCAAAUGCAGACCUGGCUUUGUUGGCCUCCAAUGCGAAGCAGAAAUUGACGAAUGCCAAAUCGACCCAUGCAAUUCUGAAGGCACUGAAAAAUGUGUUGACCUGGACAACAAAUUCUUUUGCAAGUGCCAUGAUGGAUAUAAAGGAGAACUAUGCGAAGAAAAUGUGAACGAUUGCGAAUCAUCACCUUGUCUUAACGGAGGAGUGUGCAGAGAUGGUAUUGCUAACUUUAGGUGUGAAUGUCCACCAGGAUGGACAGGUCACAGGUGUGAAUCUGACAUAGGAUCUUGCAAUGCCAAGCCGUGCCAGAAUGAUGCAAAAUGUAUUGACCUCUUCCAAGACUUCUUUUGCGUAUGUCCUUCUGGAACUGAUGGAAAACAAUGUGAAACUGCUCCUGAACGAUGUGUCGGUAGUCCUUGUAUGCACGGAGGGAAAUGUCAAGACUUUGGCUCAGGUCUUAACUGUACCUGUCCUUCUGAUUACCGUGGUGUUGGUUGCCAAUACGAGCUGGAUGCUUGUGAGGCUAAUGUUUGUGAAAACGGUGCCACUUGCAUUGACGAUGGCCCUGGUUACACUUGCAUCUGCCCUCCUGGAUUCACUGGUAAAAAUUGUGAUGAAGAUAUCGUCGACUGCAAAGAAAAUUCAUGUCCACCAACUGCAACAUGUAUUGAUCUCACAGACAGAUUCUAUUGCCAGUGUCCUUUUAACCUCACAGGAGACGAUUGUCGCAAAACAAUUCAAGUCGACUAUGACCUCUCAUUCUCUGAACCUUCUGACAGCAGUGCAGCUCUUUCAGUACCAUUCCCUCUAACUGGUAAAUCAAGUCUGACAAUCGCUAUGUGGGUACAAUUUGCACACAAGGAUGAAUCUGGAAUCUUCUUUACUUUAUACAGUGUCACGUCUGGUCAUGUUGCGAGUGGAAGAAGGGUCUUGGUUCAGGCCCAUUCCAGUGGAGUUCUUGUUUCCUUGUUCCCAGAACUUCAAGACGUUUUCUUGGCAUUCCAAGAAUAUGCAACUAUCAAUGAUGGUCAAUGGCAUCAUAUCGCUAUUGUGUGGCAUGAAGGUGUUUUGACAUUGGUCACAGAAGGCCUAAUCGCCAGUAAAGUUGAUGGAUAUGGAGCGGGAAAAUCACUCCCUGAUUUUGGUUGGGUUGUUCUCGGAAAGCCUAGGCCAGAUAACGUCAAGGCAUAUACCGAAUCAGGAUUCCAAGGGCAUUUGAGCAAAGUUCAAGUAUGGGGACGGGCUUUAGACGUUACCAAUGAAAUACAAAAACAAGUGAGAGACUGUAGGACUGAACCAGUCUUGUACCAAGGCCUUGUGCUUACUUGGUCAGGUUAUGAAGACAUAACUGGAGGUGUUGAAAGGAGAGUGCCGUCCGAAUGCAGUCAUCACUCGUGCCCCGUCGGUUACACAGGACCAAACUGUGAUCAGCUUCAAGUUGAUAAAGUCCCGCCUAAAGUUGAGCACUGUCCUGGUGACCUCUGGGUCAUUGCUAAAAAUGGAACGGCUGUAGUUACAUGGGAUGAGCCGAGGUUCUCAGAUAACGUUGGAAUCGCGAGGGUUGAAGAAAGAAGUGGGCACAGACCAGGUCAAACCUUACUUUGGGGAACAUACCACAUUGCCUAUGUCGCCUUUGAUCAAGCAGGAAACACGGCUACCUGUUCAUUUAGAGUGUAUUUACUAUCGGAAUUUUGCCCACAAUUGGCUGAUCCUGUUGGAGGGACUCAACAAUGCAAAGAUUGGGGUUCUGGAGGACAGUUCAAAGUUUGUGAGAUCGCUUGUAACUCUGGACUCAGUUUCUCGCAGCCCGUACCGAAAUUCUACACGUGCGGUGCUGAAGGAUUCUGGAGGCCCACUGACAACCCUCAACUUCCUCUUGUCUAUCCAGCUUGUUCAGCCGCUAAGCCUGCACAGAGAGUUUUCAAAGUCAACAUGCAGUUUCCAACAUCAGUACUUUGCAACGAGGCAGGACAAGGCGUGCUGCGACAAAAAGUCAAAUCUGCCAUUAACCUCGUCAAUAGAGAUUGGAACUUCUGCUCUUAUUCUGUGGAUGGAACGAGGGAAUGUAAAGAUCUUGUAAUUGAAAUUAAAUGUGAUCACAGAAAUACCAGAUCAACAACAGAUCUGGGCGAACUGAGCAGGCCGACAAGACAGACCAGUGAUACCUACAGUGUCCAUAUCUCAUUCCCUGCAGUCAAUGAUCCAGUUGAAAAUCUGAACUCCAACCAAAGGUCAACUGUUCAAAGGCUACUUGAAAAGUUAAUCUUAGAAGAGGAUCAACUUGAUGUACACGAUAUUUUGCCAAACACAGUACCAGAUCCAGCAUCUUUGUCACUGACAUCUGAUUACGCUUGCCCAAUGGGACAGGUUGUAAUGGCACCAAAAUGCGUUGCGUGCUCUGUUGGUACAUACUAUGAUAAAGCAACUUCAAGUUGCAAACCUUGCACUACUGGGACAUACCAGAGCGAAGCAGGUCAACUACAGUGUUCGGUCUGCCCAGCCAUUGCAGGAAGGCAGGGGGUGACUAUCGCUCCUGGUGCUAGAUCUGCUGCCGAUUGUAAAGAGCGAUGCCCAGCUGGUAAAUACUAUGAUGACGAGGCAGGUUUGUGUAGAAGCUGUGGACACGGAUUUUACCAGCCGAAUGAGGGAAGCUUUAAGUGUCUUCUAUGUGGUCUUGGAAAAACUACUAGAACUACAGAAGCUGUUUCACAAGAUGAAUGCCGUGAUGAAUGUAGCUCUGGUAUGCAGCUUGGAGUUGAAGGACAGUGUGAACCUUGCCCAAGGGGUACAUACAGGACGCAGGGUUUAGAAGCAGCAUGUCAAAGCUGUCCAACAGGAAGAACAACUGCAAGAGCCGGUGCAGCCACCGUUGAAGAAUGCUCUUUACCUGUUUGCCAGCCAGGAUCUUUCCUGAACACAAGUCUGAACAGUUGUGUCACUUGCAAGAAAGGAACUUACCAACCAUCUUCUCAGCAAACUGCCUGCCUACCUUGUCCACCUAACACUAGUACCAAAGGAACUGGAGCUACAACAAAGAGUGAAUGCUGGAACCCAUGUGAGAUGAACGGAGCUGAAAUGCUUUGUGAUCCAAAUGCGUACUGUCUACUUAUCCCAGAGACAAAUGACUUCAAGUGUGACUGUAAGCCUGGAUACAACGGAACUGGAAAAGUCUGCAGUGAUGUCUGUGACGGCUUCUGCCAGAACAAAGGCACAUGCGUCAAAGAUUCUCGUGGCACGCCAUCUUGCAGAUGCGUCGGUUCAUUCAUUGGACCACAUUGCGAAGAAAAGUCUGAAUUCGCUUACAUUGCCGGAGGCAUUGCAGCUACUGUGAUUUUCCUGAUCAUUAUUGCUCUAUUUGUAUGGAUGAUUUGUGCCAGAGCUGAGAGGAGAAAAGAACCAAAGAAACUCAUUGCACAAACAAAUGAUCACACAGGAUCUCAAGUUAACUUUUAUUAUGGGGCAGCCCCAUAUGCUGAAUCAAUCGCACCAUCGCACCAUUCUACAUAUGCUCAUUACUAUGAUGAUGAAGAGGAUGGAUGGGAGAUGCCAAAUUUUUACAAUGAAACCUACAUGAAAGGAAUGCACAAUGGAAAGAUGAACAGUUUAGCCAGAUCCAAUGCUAGUAUUUACGGUAAUAAAGAAGAUCUUUACGAUAGGUUAAAGAGACACGCUUACCCAGGCAAAAAAGAUAAAAGUGAUAGUGAAAGUGAAGGGCAGUAAUGAAAUUCAAAAUUAGUUAUGACAAAAUAUUUAAACGCGAUCCCGACUAGAAGUAAGGGAAGUUGUGAUUGCUGGCUUACCAUCUGAAUGAUGAUGCUUUAAUUUUUUUUAUUAUUAUUUUCAACUUGAGUACCAUAAUUGUUUUAUAGUCUGUACAUUUGCUAAAUAAU